UAAAGAGGAUCUGGGCAUUUUGCUGAGGCAUCGCAACCCACCAUAUAUACCCUAUUUCAUUUUUCACUGUCUGUGGCUUUGGCAGUGUCUCCUUUUCUUCCACCCCGUGUGUCCUCUUCUUCUUCCUCCUCUCUAAUAGGUUGUGAACCGCACAAACCGCAAAGAUGUCUGAGAAAAAGAUGACUUCCAGCCGCAGGCAUCACCUCAAGAGUGUGAUCCUCCAGAUCGCUCUGAGCUGGCUGGAGCAGGAGAAGAAGGAUAAUGUUGUGGCAAAGGAGGCCUACAUGGCCGAGCACUGCCCCCCCCCAGAGCUGAGCGGAGACCAGGCCGCCCUCAUGGAAUUCUGCAAGAAGCUCCAAGCCGCCAUCGACAAGAUCGAUGAGGAGAGGUACGACGCCGAGUCCAAAGUGCAGAAGGCCAACAAAGAGAUCGAGGACCUGAAGAUCAAAGUGGUGGACCUGAUCGGCGUGAAGAAACCCGCCCUGAAGAAGGUCCGUAUGUCUGCCGACUCCAUGCUGCAGGCGCUGCUGGGCUCCAAACACAAGGUGACCAUGGACCUGAGGUCCAACCUGAAGCAGGUGAAGAAGGAGGUCAAGGAGGAGCCUACAGAAGCAGUGGGCGACUGGCGUAAGAACAUUGAGGACAAGGCCGACAGGAAGAAGAUGUUCGAGUCCUCCUAAACGUUAUCGCUGCUGUUUGUCUUUCUGUUUCUAUGAACUCCACGUGUCUUAUAUAUGUUGGUUGAACCAGGAGGUUGUGUUGUGUUUCGGUUUAAAUCACACGGCAGGUUUGGACAGCAGGUUAGAAAAGUCUGAGAGGAGUCGCGCUGCAGGAGAUUCAAGGGAGGAGUUUGAGGAGUUUUUCUCCUUCUUUCUUUUGCACUUUGUUUUGUCUGGAGGGAAGAGGAGGAGGAGGAGGAGGAGGAGGAGGAGUGUCGAUUGUUUCUGCAGGUUCACGCACCAGCAACACAACAUCAAGUCUUAAUCUCCACACAUUCACACAAACUGAACCAUGUCGAAUAAAAACAAUAAAGUCAAAUGUGGAAGAAAA